UUCCCCUUUUCCUCUUUAGUUCUGGGACAUCUCUCUUCCUUUUGGGGUGUUUCCUGGUUUUCCCAGAAUUUCAAGAGCUGCUUCUCUCUCAUGGCCGCCUGACUCUACAUCUUUACUCUCUCUCUCCUUCUAAAACUUCUUUUCUACAGCAGAGAGUAAUUUUCUCAUAUUUAGACACAGGGAAUUCUUGUGCUUAAACAUAUCUCUAUCAAAAUCCGGGGUUUUUAAGAGGUAGAAAUAAAUGUUUCUUCCGAUAUUAAAUAUUCCUGGAGAGAUAUCGAGAAGGGAAGCUUUUCGAAUGGAGAAAAUUGAAGAGUCAGGUAGCCCUGGUUGGGGUGCAUCAUUAUACCAGACCACUGAAGAUGUUGCAAAAGCUGUUGCUGCUGCUGCAGCUGCUGUUCGGGCCCCCAGGCCUUCUGUGGUAUAUUCAGCCAAAGAUGACACUGGUAGCCCAAUGAAGAAACUUCAGAAUCAAGUUUCUAAAUUGAUUAAAGGUUUAUCAAGUCCUCCUGAAGCAAAAAGUAGACUUUACAACCCAGAAAUAUUAACUAGCCAAAAACGCCAAUGGGCCAACUUUCAGUUGCAAUCUCUGGAUCACAGAGUUUGGAAAGAACCAUCAAGGCUUUUUGAAAGCAUGGUAGUUGUUGGACUUCAUCCUAAUUGUGAUAUUCACGCACUUCAAAGCCUUUACUUUUCAAGAAAGUCUGAAGGUUCAGGAAGAUUUAGAAGUGCUCUCAGUGGUCAGCAUCAUUCACGUGUGGAACCCAACCUUGAGCCUCAGGUCUUGUUUGUAUACCCUCCAGAAAAACAACUUCCAUUGAAGUACAAGGAUCUUCUUUCAUUCUGUUUCCCAGCUGGAGUAGAGGUUCAUGCUGUUGAAAGAACUCCUUCAAUGAGUGAGUUAAAUGAAAUACUUUUAGGGCAGGAACACCUGAAACAAAGUGAUCAGUCAUUUGUAUUUAGGCUGCAGGUUGCUGAUAAUUCAACUCUUUAUGGUUGCUGCGUAUUAGUUGAAGAAAUUGUUCAAAAACCCUCUGGAUUGAUUUCAAUGAUGUCAGAAGGCCAGCCGUCUCACAAUGGCUUGAGUCGCCAUAUUUUGACUACACGCCGUUGUUAUUGUAUUCUUUCCAGGCUUCCAUAUUUUGAACUCCAUUUUGGUGUACUGAAUAGCAUCUUCAUUGAGGAGAGGUUGGAGCGGUUAACAAAACAAAUUGGUGAUCUUGAUAUCAAUCCUUCCACACUUUUUGAUAAAGACGAUUUUGAAGAAAAAUCUUCUAUCACUUCAUUGGACGAUAGGGAACACAACCUGUUGGAUGGAACUCCUUACAAUUCUCAGUUAAGCACAUGCGAAUCUGUUACCGUGAUAAACAUCAAUGAGAGAUCUCAUGCGGAACAUGAAAGUUUAGAAGGGUGCAUCUCCUCUUCAAAGGGAACUAGUUGUGAUAAUGCUGUUCCAGUUGACGGUGACAUACAGAAGCAUCACGAGACUGAAGUUGACAUAUACCCUUCAGAGGAAGCUAGCAGUGGUGACAUAGAGAAACAGCAUGAGAUUAAAGGGGAUGCCUCAUCUUCAAAGGAAGCUAGCAGCAGUGACUUAGAGAAACAGCAUGAGACUGAAGGGGAUGUCUACUCUUUAAAGGAAGCUAGCUGCGGUGACACACAGAAACAGCAUGAGACUAAAGGAGAUGUAUCCUCUUCAAAGGAAGCUAGCGACAGUAAUGAUGUUCCAAUUGAUGGUGACAUAGAGAAGCAUCAUGAUAGUAAGGGAGAUGUAAUUGGAUCAGAAAGACUUGAUUCUGAUACUUGUGAAGAUGAUAACAAACAUUUGGUUGAGAGGAGUCUGCCAAAUGCUGUUUUGCCACUUUUACGAUAUCAACAAUAUGAGAGCUCAGACUCUUCAUAUAGCAGUUUCCAGGGCUCUCCUAGUGAAGAUAGGCAUUUCAGGAGUGACAUUGAUGAAGCAGAGACAGAAGUAUCUUUUUCAGGCCGAGAUGAAUCCAGUCAAAAUAGUGAUAUACUUGAAUGGGCCAAGGACAGUAACCAUGGCUCCUUGCAAAUAAUAUGUGAGUACUACAAGCUACAGCUCCCAGCAAGUGGUUCAACAAUUAAGUUUCACCCUCUGGAUCACUUACAUCCUUUAGAAUACCAUAGACCUGAUGAAACAGUUUUACAUGUUGCUGGAUCUACUAUUGACUUAAAAUCAUGCAGCACAAGUUUGGAACUGGCAGAGGUUCACAAUGCUCUCAUGGUGGAAGAGGAGGCGAAUGCUUUGUCUGUCUGGGCCAUUGCAUGUUUAUGUGGUUCCUUGCGUCUGGAGCAUGUCUUAACUUUGUUCGCAGGGGCUCUCUUGGAGAAGCAAGUUGUAGUAGUUUGUUCGAAUUUGGGCAUAUUAUCUGCUUGCAUUAUGGCCAUUAUUCCACUGAUUCGUCCCUACCAGUGGCAGAGCUUGUUAAUGCCGGUUUUGCCAAAUGAUAUGUUGGACUUUUUGGAUGCACCUGUUCCCUAUAUUGUAGGCGUAAAGAACAAAAACUCUGAAUUGCAGUCGAAGUUAACAAAUGUUGUUCUUGUAGAUGUGAACAAGAAUCAGAUGAAGUCGCAUUCAAUACCACAAUUACCCCAACAAAAGGAACUAUACGCAUCCUUAAUUUCGUACCAUGGAAAACUUGUGGGAGAGAGUUUCUUGGGAAAGAAAAGGCCAGUUUAUGAGUGUACUGAUGUGCAGGCUGAAGCUGCUAAGGGUUUCCUAAGAGUGCUGCGGUCUUACCUGGAUUCACUUUGUUCUAGUCUUCGCUGUCACACAAUUACCAAUGUUCAAUCAAAUAAUGAUAAGGUAUCAUUGCUCUUGAAGGACAGUUUCAUCGAAUCUUUCCCCUAUCGAGAUCGACCUUUUAUGAAGCUCUUCGUGGACACACAACUCUUCUCCGUACAUACAGAUUUUGUACUUUCUUUCUUCCAAAAAGAAUAGGGCGAUGUACAAGGUUGUUUGGCAGUGUGACAGUGGAACGCAAGUUCUAUUGCAAUCUGUAUUAUCAUUAUAUGAUUAGUAUUAGUAUUAUUCUUAACAUAAAAUUUUUGUUUAAUCAUAUGUCAUAGAAUGUCACCUUUCUCCUUGCUCUGUUACAAAUAUUGCAUGCAUUUUUCCAAUGUUGUCCACAAAUGUGAGGUCAAUUUGGGAAAUUUUGCUUGGGAUUAUAAGUAGCUAAUGCUUCCCACGAUCAUAUGGCAUCACUGAAAGAAUCGCAUUAGUUGUUGAUAGAUCAUUUGAUGAACCAAUAACGAUGAGGAGAUGGACCCUAAUCCUAGACAUCCUUUGAGU